UGAUAGGGGCUGGUGGCUCUUCCCCACCCAUCUGACAAGAAAACGAGUUUCCGGGUUCUUUCCAGCCGAGAGCUGCUCGCGAACAGCAGCUUUUCUUUUUUUUUAAUUAAUUUGAACACACACACGGCGACGACAUGUCUCUUUUAAUGGAUAACCAAUUCAAAGAGCUUCCUCCGGACAAGUCUGUGGACACAAAGUUGUUCCUGGAUGCUGUCUCUCAUGUCCCUGCAUUUUUCGACUGCUUGGGAUCAAAAGUAUUUUCUGUCAUCAAAUCAGACAUUAGUGGCAAUAUUACGAAAAUUAAAGGUGUCUAUAUGAAGGAUCCUGCUAAGUAUGUCACCCUGGAAGAUAUUGUUGUGUCAGAGCGAGAAGCCUUUCCAGCAGAAUGGCCUAAAGUUGGAGCAACCUUAGCUCUAAUGUGGCUGAAAAGGGGGCUGCGUUUCAUACAGAUCCUGCUGCAGAGUUUGGCAGACGGAGACAGAGAUGAGAACAAUCCCAAUCUAAUUCGGGUUAACGUCACCAAAGCUUACGAGCAGGCGCUGAAGAGAUACCACGGCUGGAUUGUGCAAAAGAUUUUCAAUGCAGCUUUAGUUGCAGCUCCCUACAGAUCCAACUUCCUCAAGGCUCUGUCAAAAGGAGAGGAAGUGAAAGAGGAGGACUGUCUGGCGAAUGUGCGUCAGUUCCUGGUUAAUUACACUACCACUGUAGAUGCCAUCUACGAGAUGUACGAAAAUCUGAACGCAGAGCUGGACUACACGGUUUGAUGUCAACAGGACACAACAGGACCGGUGUUUUUAAUAAGAUUGUUUUGUGUGGUAUUUAUUACUUUGAUCAUGACUUACUGAAUAUUAACACUGUAUAUUUGGUUUUAAAAUUCUGUCUCUUUAAAUUGAAACCAACAUUACAGCAGAAGAUUAUGUUUUUGAUGUAUGUAAUUUCAGGACUGUUGUAGCAACAGUGCAACUCUCACUCUUAUGCAAAAUUGUGUUAUGGUGUGGGUUGCUGCUAUAUUUAUGGCAUUAACAGGCGGCUCUCACCUGUUGCAGCAAGAGAAUACAAGACUGUAAACACUGUUAUUACAGGAAACCAUUUCUGUUAUUGCCUCACAUUCAGAUGUUCUCUGCCUCCUGAGCCCUGGAGUUACCUCCACUGUUAAUCUGGGAGCAGUGGCCCCAGUUUUAAUUUGAAAUUUCAACAACCGAUUUCAGUUGUGUGUUGUUUAGCGCGUGAAUCCACUUAGUGCCUUGGUGUUACUCAAUAAAUACACAAUAUUCAGCUCAGAAUUAGUAUAUCUGUAAUUGUAUUUCACCUACAAAGCUGAAAGUAAGCAGAACAAGAAAUGAAGUGUUUUUCCUGAGGGCAUUAACUGUUUGGAGUUUGUGGCGUGUCUGUGUUGAAGAAGAAGGCGUGGUCGACUUGUGUUUGUUCUGUUUGUCUUUUUCUGAGGCUUCUUUUGUUCCUUUUUACAUCUGAGCUGACCUGACUUCUUUUACGUGAAUGUUAUAAUGUCAAACAAUAAGAAGGAGACGGCACGUUAUGUGCACAUUUCUUAAAAAUGUUAAUUAAAUCCACAUUUGUAUAUAUGGAUACUUAUACUGUUUUCUAUUAUCAGCUAUGAUCUUGUUCAUCUUGAGAUUUUAAUGGUUAAUAACAAUAAAAAAAGUGUUAUAACUUAGUUGAAUAAUAAACCAAUAAAAAUAAAUCUUACAGUUCAUAAAUAUUACUCUAGGUGGCAAUAUUUACUUGGUUUCUGUCUCUAAUAGUCACAUUUGUGGUGCAGCUACUGCAUGAAAUAUUUGAAAUUCUGUUCAGUGAUUAAAAACCAUACACUACA